GGCGCUGCCGCCCCCGGCGGGCGGGGCUCUGUCAUGUGGCCGCCGCUCCGGGAAGCGCCGCUCGGAGCGGAGCCGGGCAGGACCAUGGCGGGCUGGGGCCGGGCGCUGCUGGCGCUGCUCGUCCUGGCGCAGCCCGCCUGGGCGCCGGACCCGUAUGGAGAAGAGUGUAGGAGUAAAAUGUACCCUCCUUCAGGACCAACGUUCAAAGGUAAUAUACCCACAUAUGUCAUAAAUCUCGACCUACCUCCCAGCAGAAGGUGGGAUGACUUGAUGCGUGACAAAAAGACUGAGCUGAAGACUGUGGUCCAGAAUAUUAAAGAUAUAGCAAAUACCUUCUUCCCCAGUGGAAAAGUUGUUGACAUUGUGGAUAACAAAAUAGCUCAUCUGACUGCUACACUUCCUUAUCCUUUCAAUGAAGAGCUCCGAGGGAUUGCAAAUUCAUCUGGGAUUCCUUUGGGGGAAAUCGUUAUUUUUAACAUCUUUUAUGAAAUUUUUACUGUAUGUACAUCAAUAGUGGCAGAAGAUAAAACAGGGAAACUGUACCACGCCAGAAACUUGGAUUUUGGACUCUUUCUAGGGUGGGAUGUUAAAAAUAAUUCCUGGACGUUAACUCGGGAACUGAAGCCUUUGGUGGUACUCUUGGACUUUCAGAGAAACAACAAAACAGUGUUCAAGUCCACAAAUUUUGCAGGAUACAUAGGCAUGGUGUCUGGAGUCAAACCAAACUUGUUCACUCUGACAAUGAAUGAGCGUUUCAGUCUUGAUGGUGGUUAUGUGGGAAUCUUUGAAUGGUUUCUUGGUAGAAGAGAUGGUAUGUGGAUGGGCUUUCUCACAAGAACUGUAUUAGAGAAUGCUACAAGUUACCAGGAUGCAAAAGACAGACUGGCAAAAACAAGACUGCUGGCUCCAGCUUACUUUAUUCUGGGUGGAAAAAAUUCUGGAGAAGGGUGUGUGAUAACUCGAUCCAGGACAGCUGCUCUGGAUAUCUGGGACCUUGAUAUCAAGAAGGGUACAUGGUAUGUGUUAGAAACCAACUACGAUCGCUGGAAGCCUCCUCUGGUGCUGGAUAAUCGUAGAGGACCUGCAAUGAAAUGCCUGAACCAGACAACACAAGAGAAUCUCUCCCUACCUGCAAUUUAUGAUGUUCUCUCCACAAAGCCUGUGCUCAAUAAGUUGACCGUGUGCACCACGCUGAUGGCGGUGUAUGAUGGCCAUACAGAGACUUACCUGCGGGAGUGCCCAGAUCCCUGCAGUCCUUGGUAGCCCUGCACCUCUCCUGCUGGAAGCUGCUUGUCCCAGUUGGCAGUCCUCCACGAGAAAAUGUUUCUGGAAAGAGAUUACUCAGUCUGACUCCUUUCUUCAGAAAUCUAAUGGCUCUAUAGAAAUGGCAAAGUGCUUCUAACAGUGAAGGGACCCUGUCUCAGAGCAGACUUUCUUGCUUUGCAACCAGCAGUUCUGCUGACGAGAAAUGUAUCCUCAUGAGUGUCUGGUGUGAUUUCAGCCGUUUCUGCCAAAUGAGUUCAGCAGUUAGUUCUAGAUCUCUUCAGUCUUGGCAGUAUUCUUGGUGUGUUGUUGGUGGGGGGUUUGUUAAUUGUUGGGGUUUUGGUUUGGUUUAUUUAGAUUAAAAUCCUUUUAAAGAGCACAAAUUACAAUGGCACCUACCAAGCAUCAAAAUGAAUUGGAUAUAAGAAGACCAUCUGGGACAAUACAAUUCUGUUAUUCUUUCAUAAGCACUUAAAAUUAAUUGCUAUUGUUCUGGUAUAAUGUGAGGAUAUGUCUGAUAUGCCCUUUUAGAAAAUACCAAGUGUCAUGUAUAGUCAUAGGAACAAGGUCUUGGGGAAAUAACUGAAACAAGAUCUGAGCCAAGAAUGUCUUGCUACUACUGAUUUAUAACUCUUUUGCUGAAGCUCUUUCUUGACCUGUUAACAAAUGUGGUUUUUUAAUACAGAUUUUUCUGUUGUCUCAAAAAAAAAACCCAAAAACCUAAUUCAAUAAAGAAAAGAUACUUCCUGUCACCAAAGUACACAUGUACUGAUUUCAUACUUCAGUCUGACAUCAUGCAUGUUGGAUACACAGUGCUUUCAUUUCCAAAUAGACCGUGUCUGAAAAACUGAUUUCUUCUGAUUUUGUAAACUAGUAGUUAAAACUAUAUAUUUGGGAGGAUUUUGGUUCGUUGUUUUUUUGAAGGUGGGGAAAGGAAGCCAAGUCAGAUUACACCAUUGUCUGCAAUUCAAGUUAAGAAAGAAAGGUUGUUUAGAGAGAAGUAGUAGCACCCUUAUAACCUAGGAAGCAGAUAAUGUAGGAGGCAGUAAUUUUAUCUGUUCCACUGGCUGCAUUGCUGGGAAUAGCUUACAGUUCCAACUCCUAUGUUUUCUACACAAGAAUGCUAUUUACUAAAUAAUUUCAGCAGCUGAUAAAGAAACAUGGCUUCUGGUUGAAGAGAAUGAAGUACUGAUAUUCUAGGCCUUGUAACAAUGCCUGUAGUAGCACAGCAAGAAGCAGUUAAGGGGGAUGUAACACUGACUAAUUGAGAGCACACAGAAAUCAAUGUCCCACUGAUUAAACAAGGGCCAGUCUAGCUGUACAUCUAAUUUCUUUUUUAACUGAAGCAUGCAAGCCAGAAGUGUGUUAGCAUGAUUGUACUACCAGGGUCCAUUUUUAAUCUCAACUAUGAAUAUUGUAAUCUGCUGAAACCAAUAUUGAAUCUAUUGAAACCAAAUAUAACAACACAAUUUAAAUCAGUGAAAAAUGCAUGUGUGAAACACAGCUCCUGGGCUGUUUGAUUCAUAAAAGACAAUUGAACCAAGUCAGAUGUAGCAGUCUGUACUGUGAAGAGGCCGUCACAUGUUUCUGAGUGCACACCUCAGCCUGCCAGGGGAUUGUUCAGAUUUAUGUGGAAUGAAGUUGUGUAACAUCCAUAAUCAAAUUACUGCCUAAUUUAAAAAUCAGUUUACUUGCCUAAUUAGUCUUGUCCCACUUUAGCAUAUGUAGAACAAGGCACUGUAGACUAGUAACAGUUAAGUAACGUCCCUUGUGCAAGACAAUCCACAUUUCCACACUUGAAAUUGCUUUACAAUUGCAAAAGGAGAGCUGAAUUCCAUAGAUGUCUGUCUAGAGCCUGAAUGCCUAUGCUGCUAUUGACUAAAAUAAACAAAGCUAUUUAAAAGCAAAA